AUGUAGGGGAGACACAUUAUGCUUUCACAAACCUAAAGGACCUUUCUGCAAUUAUCAUAAACUUGGAGUACAAGCAGCUGCCUUUCUUCUACCAUUCCAUUCGCAGAAAACACGAAACCCUAAAAGUUCUCCGAUCGCACAUUUUUCUCAUUCACCGAUAACUAUGGCAGACGUAUCUAAAGAAGGAGGAGAAGGGACAAUGGGGGAGGAGGAGGCGGCGGCCGGAAAGAAGUUCUCCAAGAAGGAAGCUGCCAAGCUCGAACGCCAGAGAAAGCGGCAGGAGCACGCGGCGGCGGCGGCUUUGUCGGCCGUCUCGAUUGACGAGACCGAUCCAUUGGCUUCCAAUUACGGAGACGUGCCGUUGAUUGAGCUCCAGUCCAAGGCCGUGACGGGGCGGAAGUGGACCGAGGUGGCUGAUUUGACUGAGGAAUUGAAAGAUCAGGUGGUCUUGAUCCGAGGUAGGGCGCAAACCAUUCGAGCCGUCGGGAAAAAAAUGGCUUUUUUGGUGGUGAGGGAAAAGGGUUUUACUGUACAGUGUGUGUUGACGGUGACGCCGGAUGUUCUCAGCGGGCAGAUGGUGAAGUACGCCGCAGCAUUGAGUAAGGAAUCUAUAAUUGACGUCGAAGGCGUGGUUUCAGUCCCUAAAGACCCCAUUAAAGGCGCUUCUCAGCAGGUGGAAGUACAAGUGAGGAAACUUUAUUGCGUUAGCAAAGCUAUCCCUAUACUGCCUAUAAAUAUUGAGGAUGCUGCCAGAAGUGAUGCUGAAAUUGAAAAAGCUGAGCAGGCUGGAGAGAAACUUGUUCGUGUUAAUCAGGAUACUCGUCUGAAUAACAGAUUUCUCGACCUACGCACACCUGCUAAUCAGGCAAUAUUCCGCGUUCAAUGUCAAGUUGGGACGUUAUUUAGGCAGUUUUUGCUAUCUGAAGGGUGUAUUGAGAUCCAUACACCCAAACUGAUACCUGGUUCUAGUGAAGGGGGUUCAGCUGUAUUUAAGCUGGAGUACAAAGGGCAACCUGCAUGUCUUGCUCAGUCACCUCAGCUCCACAAACAAAUGGCAAUCUGUGCUGAUUUUGGGCGCGUCUUUGAGAUUGGUCCUGUUUUCAGAGCUGAAGAUUCAUUUACACAUAGACAUUUGUGUGAGUUUGUAGGUCUUGAUGUUGAAAUGGAGAUAAAGGAACAUUAUUCAGAGGUGAUGGAUGUUGUUGAUCGCUUAUUUGUGUCCAUGUUUGACAGUAUAAAUCAGAACUGUAAAAAGGAGCUUGAUGCCAUUGGCAGACAAUAUCCUUUUGAGCCUUUAAAGUACUUGCCCAAGACGUUGCGGCUUACAUUUGAAGAAGGAAUUCAAAUUCUGAAGGAAGCAGGGGUUGAAGUUGAUCCCCUUGGGGACCUGAACACAGAAACAGAAAGAAAACUGGGACAGCUUGUGUUUGAGAAGUAUGGCACAGAGUUCUACAUACUUCAUCGCUAUCCUUUGGCUGUCCGGCCAUUUUAUACAAUGCCUUGUUAUGAUAAUCCUGCUUAUAGUAAUUCCUUUGAUGUUUUUAUAAGAGGUGAAGAAAUUAUAUCUGGAGCUCAACGUGUCCAUGUACCUGAGUUUUUGGCUCAACGUGCUGAAUCAUGUGGCAUUGAUGUCAGGACAAUAUCAACAUAUAUUGAUUCAUUUAGAUGUGGUGCACCUACUCACGGUGGCUUUGGAGUAGGAUUGGAGCGUGUGGUUAUGCUUUAUUGUGCAUUGAACAAUGUCCGUAAGACAUCACUUUUCCCCCGUGACCCGCAAAGACUUGCUCCAUGAUCAAGGUUUCAGUGCUUUGUCCUCGAGAUUUAACUUUGAAUGGUUAUUCUGCAAUCGGGAAAAUAUACCUAAUACUGUAUGGGCUGGAAAAAUCUUGUAAGGAAAAGGGAUGAUAUUGAUCCCUUUUAGAUGAAAAUUCUGACGGAUGAUUGUAAUUCUUCUUGCUAACUAAUUCAUGGAACUUAACAUGGUACUCUAGAAGUACAUUUGACAUUUUGGAGUGCUCUCUUUUGUU